GAUACCGGUAUCAUACAAGUAUCAUACACCAGGCUCCAAUAAACAAACUUCAACUUUAGUCUACCGGUACCCUUCAAUCCAGCCCCAAACUCCUCCGCCCACUCCCCCCUCCACAGCCAACCCAAUCCUAUAGAAUCUCUCGCCCUACAACCCCAUCCGCACCGCAGAUCCCGCCCAAAACGCCCCUGAUCUACGCCCCAAUAAGCCAAAGGCUCGAAACACCUGGCAGCAGUCCCCCCUCCCACCUCCGGCCUCAAGCUCCUUCACAAGCAGACCUGUUGCAGCAACGCAACAACCGAUUUCCCGCGAGCACGAGAGCUAGACCUGUUCCCGGAUCCCUUACAUUUGUAUUCACUUCCGACGUUGUUGUUACUGUUUCUGUCGUUAGAGGAGACUUUUGGAUUGAACAAUCUGAGCUGGAGGGGCUAUUCUACUGUUAUCACAGCUACUACCACCACCACCACCAACCACAGCCAGUACGAUAAGGCAGAAGGCAACGGCGGCAGGAAUGAGUAAGGGCAUCAUGGAAAACAGCACGAGUUCCGGUGGCAUCGCCACCGCUACUACAACCGCGACUAACUCUACAUCCCCAUCUUUACAAAAGGUAGACGCGGAGCAAAAUUCCCAGACCUCCACCGCUGCUCUCGCCCCACCAGAAGAAUCUGGAGAAGACCUAUACACAAUCUGCACCCGCCUCUCACAGAAGGUACACCGCUUUUUGGAAACCGACUUCUCUAGUGAACUCUUAAAAGGUGUGCAACGCCAGACGGCCAUUUCCCUAGGCGUGAUUGAGGAGGCUUUACAGCGGUAUAAAUUAGAGAACCUCUCCAUAUCCUUCAAUGGUGGCAAGGACUGUCUCGUCCUCCUAAUACUCUUCCUCGCUUCUCUCCCCCCGCACCUAGCUCCCCCCCCCAAAUCUGCCCCCAACGCUUCAGGGGAGAGUGGAGAAGAAAAGAUAAACUCAGUAUAUGUAACAACAACCCACCCCUUCCCACAAGUCGAUGCCUUCGUGCAAACCUGCAUCACAACCUACCACCUCUCCCUAACUCGCUACUCCCAGUCAAUGAAGUCAUCCUUUGAACGCUAUCUGCAGGAAAAUCCAAACGUAGAGGCGAUAUUCGUGGGCACAAGGAGGACAGACCCGCACGGAGAGUUUUUGUCGCACUUUGACGUUACGGAUCACGGAUGGCCAAAGUUCAUGAGGGUGCAUCCGGUGGUGGACUGGGGGUACAGAGAAGUUUGGGGGUUUCUCCGGGAAUUGCAGAUCCCGUAUUGCGUGCUUUAUGAUAUGGGGUAUACGUCGCUCGGUGGGACUAAGGAUACGCACCCUAAUCCGGCGCUUUUGGAGGAUGGGACAGAGGUGCUGGAGGGCGAAUGCGGGGAGAGAAAACGGAGGUUCAGACCCGCGUACGAACUUGUGGAGGACGGGCAAGAAAGGUUGGGUAGGGACCGGUAGAGGCUCCCCCCUUUUUUUUGUUUAUGAUAGAUACUAGAGAAGAGGGGGAGGGGUGGGUGGUCCAACGGGGGGGUAGCAUGUCUAGAUUUUCUUUCCCUAUUUGAUUUUAAGGGGUUUGAAGGGUUUCAUUUCGAUGGUUAGGGUAAACCUAUUAGACCUUAGAGGUAUGAUACGAUCGAUACGCAAUUGUGCGGGCUACCUAUGACGAUAUGGGCGGAUCUAGGCUCUAUAAACUUGGUGGUUUCUUUUUUCUUCCCCUUUUCUCUUCCACCCAUUUCUCAUGCGUCUUGCACUCUACUGUACUACCACCCCUUCCCCCGCAGCUAGAUUUAGAACUAUCUCACUAUAAAAGGUAGAAGACUCGACUAUCAUAUCAUAUCAUGCCGCAAUCUACGUCGCAAGUACAGCAUAAACCAAACCCCAUCCAUACCAGCGGAUCCACAAACCACACCAGAACAGCACCACCACCACCACCGCACAACACCUCGCCGAGCGAAAACCCCCAGACACUCCCCCACCAGAUCGCAACACAAAGCAGAUAAUCUCAAAUGCAUUACCCACGCACAACCCCACUUUCCAAUCCUCAUCUAAUCCCGCCCCCCUUCCUUCCGACGGUCAUGCAUCGAACGGCUUUUACCGCACCCGGGGAAUGUGGUAUCAUACUCCGACUAAUAUCGGCACUUCAGUCUUACCAGAGGAUGUCGGACGAGCACGUACGCUUCACAUCUUUGUUUUGGGGGGUGACUGUGUGUGUGUGUGUGUGUCUGGCCUGUGCGGUGGGUGAGGUUGAAUCAACUUGAAUGUCGAGUGAUGGUAUAUGAUCCACUGUUGGGGUUUUAUGGUAUUACUCGUGGGGUGGUAUUAUGCGUUUGGAAGUGCUUGUGUGGGUGCGAAGUCUGUUUGUGGGAGUUUGGUUUGGUUUAAGAGGGGAGGGGGGUAUGCUUUGUGUGGGUAAACUGGGUCAUUGGCCAAGCCAAGUACCGUAGCGCGUGUAUGGUGAGCGUCAUGAUCAGGGGAUCAUCGAGUAAGAAGGCGACUCCAGAGUGAAAUAGAUAUGAUAAGUUAUAA